AUGACCACCAUCAUGAAUUUCUCCAAACUUCAACCCUUUGACCUGCCACAAGGACGGGUGGCGCUUUUUGUCGAGAACGAAGGUGCAUCUUUUUCGCCCGGAGCCCUUACCGGCACCGGUGCAGCCUACGAAGUCGACGAUAUCGUCUGUACGCUUCGUGCCCAUGCCCUCCGCUUUGCCAACCACGUUGCCAUCGAGCAUUACACCGCUGAUCUUGACAGUGGCGCUCUUCACCCGUCGGUCAUUCUCUCUUUUGGCCAGAUCGAUACUGCUUGUGACAGCUUUGCUAGGGCUAUGCAAGGCCAGGACCUUUUCGACGGAACUCGUCAUCAAGUGGUGCCCAUAAUCUCGUCCAAGCAUCCAGCAGCCUACGUUGCCAUGAUGGCCACUCUCAAGCUCGGACUCGCGUUUGCGCCUCUCGACCCUCAGACUAUCCCUGUUGCGAGGCAAGUUUCUAUUCUCUCGCAAAUCGCCCUCACCACUAACAAGACCAACGACAACAGCACCAACACUGCCCUUGGUGUUCGACCUUUGCUAACCCUGAUGGACCGCGACAGCUUCAAAGCAUACUCGGCAACUCAGCCCAGCCAGAUCUCGCUGUCUCUACGCAUCCUCGUCUUGGAGGAUCUCCUUGACGAUGCGAUUCAAGCUAGCGGACAACCUCGUCUUGAGGCUGAGCACCAUCUCAACAUUGCGCCAAUCCACCCCGAGGCCCCUGCGUACGUCAUCUUCACCUCGGGAAGCACGGGCACAUCAAAGGGUAUUGUCAUGUCUCGACUUGCCCUAUCGGCUGGGAUUCAGUCCUUGACCAGGCUGCUUCCUCGUGUUGAGCAUCGAUCCAACAAGAUGCUCCAAUUCUCCCCUAUCCAUUUCGACGUCUCCCUUCUCGAGCUAUUCUACUGCUUCGGCCCUUCUUCGAUCUCGUCUCAGGAAACUCCAUGCGCUUUAGUAACAGCUCCCUACCACUUGAUGCUCCAAGAUCUCACGCUGUUUCUUCGGGCUACUGGAUGCACUCACGCCUGUCUCACUCCCACCGUGGCUGCGCUUGUCAAUCCGCGUGACGUCGGGUCCCUGGCAUUUCUGGCUUGCAGCGGCGAAGCCAUUCCGACCGCCUUGGUGGAGCGGUGGGUGAAGGCGAGAGAGCAAGGCCACAGCCAGACGGAGCUGUGGGGAGGUUACGGUCCAAGUGAAACAUUCUUCACCUCUCUACGCCCUCUCGACGCCUCCUCGAUCCAUCGAGAUACCGGAUUCCUCCAAACGGCUGCUACAAGCGCGAAGGAUCUCGGCCCACCUCUUCCCACUUGUAUGUAUGCAGUAAUCGACCCAGAGAUCGAACAGCCGGUUUCUGUGGGCGAGCUUGGCGAGCUUUGGGUGGCUGGUCCGCAAGUCAUGAAUCGAUACCUCGGCCAGGAUGAGCUCACAUCAAACGCCUUCCGAUUCGAUGCAAUUUCGGGAAGCAAAUGGUAUCGUACCGGAGAUUUGGUACGCAUGAUUCGUGUCGAAGAUGGUGCUGUGGAGUUCCAUUGUCGCUAUGCGAACAACUCGGUCGCCUCUUACGUCAAACACAACGGACUUAGACUCGAACUCGAGGAGAUCAACUCGAAAGUUUCUCUUCACCCACUUGUGACUGCUGCACACACAUUGAUCUCCACCUACAAGGACGAAGAUGAUGGCAAGAAGAGCCUCGUCACUUUUCUCUCGCUCGACCGAUCUGCGGUCGAUCUCACAGUGCUUCAAACCUCAAAGCAUGACUCAAGAACGCAGCACACCUCGACAUCCAUCAUUGGAUUAGCACAAGAAGUACUGGGUCAAAUCUGGUCAGAGUUGGUCAAGACGUUGCCGAGCUACAUGGUACCCCAGUAUUUGAUUCCUCUCAGUACAAUGCCGCUCGCUCAGACCGGUAAAGCCGACUUCAGACGCUUGGAGACCAUGUUCUCCACGCUCGCACCCAAAGCGCUAUCUCGAUGCGCGAUGCCUAUGCAAGCUCAACAGAAGGUUGCCGGGCAACAGCAGAGCAAGGAGCAGAGAGACGAAACACGAGUUCUCCUUAAUCGCGCGGCGAGUGCUCUUCUGCAAGCGGGCGUUCUUAAGUGGCUGUGUGAGGACGAGGGCACGGAUGUGGACGACAGGAUGGCCGAAGUUCUUUCUCGCUCGCAAGAGCCGUUGUCCUCAUUCGGCGUCGACUCACUUGGACGCAUUCGAGUCGGUGCGAUACUCUGUCAAGAAUUUGGCAGCAGAGCGAGGAAAGCCAGGUCUCAGAUCAUCAGCUCUGACACCUCUCUCAAAGACCUGGCCGAAACGAUACAAUCUAUAUCAAGGAGCAGCGUUGCGGACGACGCAGCAGAGUCUGCCAGUAUUACCCCUCUGAGCCUGUCUCCGGAAGUACUGCAGCAUUUGCAAGGGCAAGGUAUCCAGCCCGAUGACAUCGAAUUUGUUCAGACCUGCAGUCCGAUUCAACUCGAUAUCAUCGCUUCCCAGCUACGAGAUGACCUUGAUCCGACCGGGGCAUUCGACCACCUUGUGUUCGAACUGGAUGUCAGUUGCACCGACUACACUCCUGACGUGCUUGCUUACCACGAAGCAUUCGGCAGACUUGUCAAUCGUCACUCUGUGCUCAGGACACUAUUCGUUCCUUACGACGCUGACGAUCAGUAUCCACUGGCUCAGGUAACCUUGCAGGCAAGCGCAUAUCUUAGUCUGUUGGAAAGGCGGGAAGAUACCAGCGCGGCAAUUCUUUACCAGCCUUGCGCUAGGAUUUCCACCAAGAAAGACAAGCAAGGACGUGCUCAGACGGUCGAGCUUCACCUCAGCCACGCCGUUUACGAUGGAUUCUCUCUUUCCAUUCUUCUUCGCGAUCUCCGAAGGUUUGUAGUGGCAGCCACCGGCGCUGUUAGUUCCGACGUCAACGAUAGCUGGUCACAACCGCAUCGGUAUCGGGCUUUCACUAAUUUCGUCGAAGACCAAGAGGCAAAAGGGCAAGCGAAGCGAUUUUUCGAAAGGAUUGUCUCAAGAUGUCAACGCAUGACCUAUCCUCGAUAUGAGCCACAUCUCCUUCCAGAAUACGCGCGGAAAGCUGCAAGACCUGAUCAUGUCGUCGACACCUCAAUACAGCUUUCACUCGCCAAACUUGAGCGCAAUUGUGCGGCCAUGAUCACUCGAGAAGCGAAUUCCUUGCCCAUCGGUUCUUCUGCGCUCCUUCAGGCUUGUUUUGCUUCUGCAUUAUCAGAGGUAGCACAUGAAGACAGAGCAAUUUACGGGACCUUGUGUUCGGGACGCAGGCUCGACUUGGAAGGUAUCGACGACAUUGUCGGACCCACACUUUCGACUGCUCUGGUUCAUUUGGAGGCUAUGGACGACUACAAGGGAGAUCUUCUCAAACUUGCUGUGCGAGUAUCCCAGCUUCUCUUCGAUGGCGAGCGUCAUGCACCAUUCUUGACUCAAAGUCAGCAACUUUCUGCAUAUUCCGGCGACACCGAGCGCGGGCAAGCUUCGGGCCUCUCGUCUGUCCUGUUCAGCCUGCAGUCGUUUCCUGGUGACGAUCAAGACGUUCUAUUCCGACAGCAGAACGUUGGCCUGCACAACUUGACAGGCUAUGCGUUGGUCGUUGAAGCAUCACCAUCCUCAGGCGAGCUGGGAACAAGCACUUUGAACCUUCGUUGUCGCUACGAUGCUCAGCGUGUGACGCAGCAAGAUGCAACGGCUCUCAUGGAAGCGUGGAAGCGAUUGCUGUCAAAGUUGUGUACGGAAACUGCCACAGAGUUUAACGAGCUCGUAUCGACCGACUUGAACUCGGAAACUUACAGACAGUCUUCUGACGCUGGUGAAUACGCUGGUGAACACCUGCCAUUGCCGUCUCAGCUGAUGGUCCAUCAUCGACUCGAAUACCAGGCGGAAGCCACUCCCUCCAAGAUCGCGCUCCAAUUCGAGUCUUCGCGUUUUGUGACCUACUUGGAGCUGCACAUGAUGGUGGAAGGUUUCUACGAGGCGCUUCAGACAUACCACCUUGCAAAGGCAGAACAGUCAGAAGGCGUCAACCAUCCACCUCCUAUAUUCAUCGACUCGAGAAUCGGCAGACAGCCAGAGGUGAUUGCUGCUAUGCUGGCCUUUGGUAAGCUGGGCAUCCCUUUUGCCUUUGUUGAUUUCUCAAGAUGGCCAAAACAGAUGCUGCAGAGCGUGGCCAUGCAAGCAAAGCCGUUGGCAUGUCUGUGUAGCACGCGGAAACACUGCGAAGAGGUUGCAAACGCUUUUCCGAAGCUAGCACCCGUGUUUCUCGACUUCCGACAGUUGUGCGAGCGCGCGGAACCUUUUGAAAGACGGACCGAAAAUCAAGACGGACGGAGCGAUCCUGAUGGCGCCUUUUACUACGCGUUCACGUCAGGAACAACUGAUCUCUUCACUGAUGACACGUCACAUUUGUUCGCCAUCAAAACUCAAAAUCGUAGAGUCUUUGUCUGCCUAUGGAGCGGUGCAUGCCUCUGCAUGGCUGACGAGAAUCGUACUCUUACACGUCUGGACGCGACAGCAACCAUGUUGCGAGCCAAUUUCGCUCAACUGACACCAACAGUUGCUUCCAUGCUGCAUCCCCCGAGCGUACCGUUCCUGACCGACCUCAUCUUGGGUGGUGAAGCCCUCACUGCACCGCUUGCAAGGAGAUGGGCCGAUCAACUGCGACUCUUCAACUGCUAUGGUCCGACCGAGUGUACGGUCAUCGCCGCAAUGCACCCAGUCACUAUGGAACCCAAACCCUACAUCACCAUCGGUCGGGCCUUCGGGUACAAUACGAUCCAUAUCAUGGAUCUCGAUCAAGACAAACCUGUGAGCAAUGGUCAGGUUGGCGAACUUUGUAUCAUGGGUCCACAAGUUGGAAGCUACCUCCACUCUGUUUCCGCGCCAAAGCUUGGGAAGGGCAAACGUCUGUAUCGAACGGGCGAUCUCGCCUUUCUCAACGGCGAUGGAACAAUCUGCUGCUUGGGACGCAAGGACUCGGAACUCAAGGUUCGCGGGCAAAGAGUUGAUGCUAGUGCAGUUGUAUCAGCCAUAAGCUCAAGCAGCGACUCGAUCAGUUUUGUAUGUGUCGACCUCUUCGAUGUGGUUCACGAGCUCGAUCGCGAUAACAGCAACGUCAAACUGAUCGCCUUCAUGGCACUCUCAAACAGUGUCAACGAAGGAGGACCAAGCAACGACGCAAGUGGAUCCAACGCCUGCGGUGUGGAGCUUCUUCGUCUGGACUCGCAAGCGCUUCAGAUUGCCACGGCGGCACUCGAAACUUGUCGGAGCAGGUUGAAAGCUGCAUCGGUCCCCGCCUGGGUGCUUGCGCUCACUCGGAUUCCAAAGACUUCGUCUGGUAAGAUCGACACUCGAUCCCUUCGAGCUCUGGCCAGAGAUUGCUACCGUAAGGGUACUUUGCAGAACCUUGCUCAGCUUCUCAGACCCUCAAGAAGGCUGGCUUUUGUUGUUGACUCGUCCGAUGACGCUGUCCAACAAAAUGUCCGGAGACUCUGGGUCAAGCUACUCGGACUGAAGCGUAGCUUUGACCAAGAUGCUUCCAUUGCACAGCUCGGAGGCGACAGCAUCACUAUGAUCAAGAUGGUGAGCGAGCUGAGCUCGAGCGGUUGCAAAUGCACUUUUGCCGACCUCGCGGCGCACGAUACUUUUGACAUGCUCUGCACCUUCUUGAAAGGCCACAAAGGCCACAAGCCAGUCUUGCAUUCCUUGUAUGACCUCGAACAGAUUGCCACAGGAUAUACGCAAUUCUCCAUCAUAGGCGACAGGACGCAGCUUUCACAGCUUUUCGAGGCUGCAAAGAAGCAGAUGGGGGUCGAGCAGGCUAACGUACAAGACAUAUUGCCGGCCACGCCAAUGCAGACUGGUCUAUGGGUCGUGGGUGAGCAAUUGAUGGAUCUCUACUUUGAUUGCUUUCGCUACACCUGGAGCUGGAACCUCCAGUUGCAGGCUCAUCAGAUCACCGAGGUGUUGAAACAUGUUUUGGACACUCACGCUAUUCUGCGCACAAGGAUGAUGUACCUUCACGGGAGAGUCUUCCAGGUGGUGCUCGACGCGGAAACUGCAUUAGCAAGAGCAUGCACCCUCCCGAGUACGGGUGAGCUUUCCAUAUCUUUCGACACGACAAAGAGAGCACUUUCGCUACGUAUCCACCAUUCUCUCUUCGAUGCUUGGAGCUGGACACUUGUUGAGGAGCAACUGAAAAGCUGUUUCUCGACCCUCAGCAAGGGACUGGACAUCUUCGAAAAGCGGCAGGGAUUCCUCCCAUUUAGCAGCUUCACGGCUCUCAAUCUUGACGAGACCCUCAAGAGCAGAUCGACCGAGUACUGGAGUAGCUACCUCUUGACAAGCUCGUUGUCACCCUAUCCAGGCAAAGGAACAGGUUUCCAACAACCUGAUGGCAUCAAGAGCUUCUCAAGCGAGCGCAUCCAGUGGAACACUACAAGCUCAACGAGCUUCACAAAACGUCAUGGUGUCACGCUCUCGGACAUUGUCAGGUCCGCUGUUGGCCUUGCCAUCGCUUCAAAAUGCGAUGCAGAAGAUGUUCUUCUGGGUGUUGUUACUUCUGGACGGGCAGCUCCAUUCGCCGGUAUUGCAAGAGUAUCGGGUCCUUGCUUGGCAACCGUGCCACUGCGCGUACCCGUGAGCCUGGCGAAAACCGAAUCGCUUGCUUCGCUGGUAAAACACGUUCGUCAGCAGCACAUCGAGUCUCUUCCCUUCGAGCACCUUGGGCUUCGAAAGAUCAUCAAUUCGAGCCAGCACAAGGAUGCCAGGGAGAUCUUUGAUGUCCUUCUGACGUUUGUGAAUUUGGAAGAAGGCACGGCUGAUCCAGAUGACGUUCUGGUUAGAGAGCGCGAGGAGACAUCGCUCGCUAUACCAGAGCAGCCUUACUCUUUGACUCUCGAGGUGUUCCUGAAUGGGUCAACCCUCAGCCUCACCGCCAAAUACGACACUGCAAUCCUGCUCGACCGUGACGUUUUUUGGCUGCUCAAGCACAUCGUAGCGGCUAUGGAGCUUAUCAUCCGGCUUCCCACAUCAAAGUUUGCACCUAGAAUGCUAUUGCAAAAGGAUGAGGUCGCUACCAUCUCCUCGUUCGCCCCUCAAACGCCUCUGGACACUCCCUUUGCGGCGCUGCCUCCUAUGCUGCUCAAUCAGGCUUCCUCGCUGUGGUGCAAGACUGCCCUCGUCAACGAGAUGCACGACUAUGUCACGUAUGGCGAACUCUUCUGCAAAUCUUUCAGAGGUGCUGAAGCGCUGGUCCAGAGAGGAGUUGGUCCAGGACAGAUCGUACCCUUGCUCUUGCACAAGGGACUGGAGCUUUACUUUGCGAUCUUUUCUGUCACUCUGACUGGCGCAGCAUUCUCCAAUCUUUCUCUAGAAGCGCCCCGCGACCUUUUAGAGUACAGCAUCAAUGAGCUUCUCCAGGCGAAGUUUGCGAUCAUUGAUGACAAUGCUGCGCGUUGGAUAUCUGAUCUGGUGACAGAACCCAUUCAGCUGAAGGAAUUGAUGUUUGACAAGAAAGCCGAACACCUCGAUCGCAACAGUCGCAAAAGGCUUCUCGAGAGUGAUCGAGUUAAAACGAUGGUGUCGCGUGCCUCUCCGAGCUCACCGUGCUACAUCGGGCUCACAUCUGGGACCAGCGGCCGCCCAAAGGCGGUGCAAGUUUCGCACUCGAACAUUGUGGCUUUCCUGGAGGGCGGUAGAGACGCUUUCUUGCUCAAGUGGACCUCGCGCAACCUCGCUUAUGCCAGUCAAACCUUUGACGCGUUCUUUCAAGACAUCUUUGUGACGCUCCUGGUGCAUGGCGCCACGUUGGUCGUUGCCUCAAAAGACGCAUUGAUGUCCGACUUGGAAGGACUCAUGGAUUCCAUGGAUGUCAGCGACACACAUCUCACCCCUACUGUCUCAAUGCUGGUGACACCAGAGAACGUGCCGAAGCUCCGAUCGAUCCUCAUCACUGGAGAACAGGUGACGCCCAGCGUGCGGAAGCGCUGGAUCGAAUCGGGAGCGACGACCCAGAAUGCUUAUGGACCAAGUGAAACGUCUGUCGGUGUGACAACGCAUUCCUUUGUCCCAGGAACAUCGCCUCCGUUCAUUGCCAUUGGUAAAUCUUUUGGAGACACUAGGUUGCACAUUGUGGAUGAAGAACUUCGGAUGCUUCCCAUCGGGGCCAUCGGAGAGAUCGUGGUAACAGGUACCCAGGUCGCUUCUUACCUACGAAGCGGUUCCAAAGAUGCCUUUGUCCCGAGCCCCUUUGUCUCUGGCAAGCGACUUUAUCGAACGGGCGACUUGGGUCGGCUCCACGGUGACGGAAGCUUUGAAUGUCUCGGUCGUCGAGACUUCCAAGUAAAGCUUCACGGCCAGAGAAUCGAGACAGAAUCUGUAGUCAGCGUCAUUCUCGAAGCCGGGAAGGAAGACCAGCUUCGCGAGGCUACCGUACACGUCCUCACGAUUCAUGAGCAGCAAAGGCUGGUGGCUUUUGUUGCUUUCGAAAGAGACCCAGCUGGCAACCAGACCGCGCCUGCUAGCGAAGCUGGACGAGUUGUCGGAAGCGCAACAUUACUUUCCCUCCUACCGGCUAUGGACGUGUUGCGGACGAAAGUGGCAACGAGACUGCCCAGCUACAUGUGUCCCAGCCUUUGGGUUCCGGUGACUUCUCUACCAAGGAAUGCAAGCAACAAGCUUGACCGUCGGGCGCUUGAACUCAUCGUUGACAGUAAUGUGGUAGAAGCUCUGGCUUCCGCUGAACGUCAAGGACGCACACAACGCCUCACUGCAACUCCAAUAGAAGAGCUCGUCAGGAAAGUCUGGGCACAACUGUUGUGCCGACCGGCCGCAGGAAUCUAUGUCGAGGCGACAUACAGCUCAUACGGUAUUGACUCCCUUGGGCUGAUCCGGCUCAACGCGCUGUUGAGGGAAGCUGGGCUACACACAUCCGUCUCACUCCUGGUUGCAUAUCCAACUAUUGCCUCGUUUGCGACUGUGACCUCGAGUUCAAAAUCCACGACCUCAUACAACGCCGUAGGUCACCAAGGCCAUCAGGCUCCCUCUUUGGAGGCACCAGUCAUGACAGCCCCGUCUUGGUCCCAAUACGAGCUGGACAUAGCACAGGCGGGUAUCGCGUUGGAGGAUGUUGAGGACGUGUCCCCUGCCUCGCUUCAACAGCGUAACCUUUACGCGGCCGUGGAACGAGACGCAGAAGCCUAUCGCUCGUCUUUCGAGUACAAAGUUGUUUUCAAGCAAGGCGUCGACGUCCACAUGGCAAUGCGCACAGCCUGGAGCAGGGUGCUAGCAAUCCAUCCUAUCCUGCGAGUGUUAUUUGUGCCAUGCUCCGAUGCAAAGAUCGGCUUUCUUCAAGUCCUACGACACAAAGGUCAAGCGUCGCAAUUUGUCUUGGAGGACAAAGAGACUUCAUAUGGGGACGAAGCAGAAGCUUAUGCUGUCUUGUUGCUGCAAUUGCCAGCCGAUCAGUGGUACCGACCGAUCUGUGUCGAGACCCAGGUGACUUUCACCUUGCGACUUUCGCAUCUUUGCUACGAUGGGUGGAGCAUGGCGAUCAUCGAGAAAGACUUAGACGCCGAACUUUCUCGUUUCUUGCAAGAGCCUCUCAACUCAGAUAUCACGGCAGAGACGUCAGUGCUUCAGCCAAGCUACUUGGACUUUACCCGGCACUACCUGUUGCCUCAGCGCAAACAAGAAGCUAUUCAAGCUUGGGCCAAUUAUCUACGCGGCGCUCGGCCUUGUCUUUACCCUGCUCCUUUGCAAACGUUCAAGAUGGGAUCAGCGCUGGGUGAAAAGGUAUCAUCGCAGACCAUUUCCAGUGACCUGAACUUGACCGAUCUCGCAACGAGACUGCAGGCGUCUCCUGCUGUACUGCUUCAGGCCGCGUUGGCGAUCGUACUGUCGCAACAUGACGAGGCCAACACCGAUGUCUUAUUUGGACUGGUCGCUUCGGGCAGAAUGCUUGAAUUUCCGGGCAUAGAAAACAUCGUCGGGCCCUGCAUGGUGACUGUGCCUUUGCGAAGUCAUGUGGACCCUAGCAGGUCGCUGCAUGACUUCCUGCAGCACACGACCAUGCAGUUCAGCAAGCUAAUCGGCUCUCACUACGUGGAUAUAGGAACCAUCAUCCGUGCCUCGCCCUUUCCUACUCUGGCCAGACUGUUCUCAGUGCUGCUCGCAUUUGUCGAUCAAGAAGAAGAACAGUUUUCGGGAUCGAAUUGUUUGGAACGGGUUGCAACCGAAAGUUCCGACGCCAAGAGGGCAAGGAGGCUGUACGAUGUGCAGAUCCCUUGUAUCAUCGAAGCAUCCAUAAAAAACGGACGCAUUGGCUUGGUGUGCAUUCAUGACGAGGACGCCAUAGCUUCUGCCGAUGCAACCGUCUUGCUUCGCCACGUACUCACGUGUCUCGAAUGGAUGCAGCAGGUUGCUGAGGAUCGUAAGAAUGUUCGCAUUGGACGGACUUGCUUGGCGGACUCGGAGGAGCGCGCCAGUUUGGAGACCAUUGCUGCCUCGACGCCUCACAGCUCGCAGGAGCUUGUUCUCGACGCAGAGGGACAACUCUGCCCAUUGGGUGUUGCAGGCCAGAUAUUUGUGUCUGUCCCGAUCUCAAACGGUCAUGAACCCGCAUGCUCGAAGGAGUCGACCGUUUCCAAGACGACCCAUGCGGUCAGCAAUCCAUGGCAGCCAGGGCAUCACAUCCACCCAACAGGUCAGUUGGGCAGGCGGCGUGCGGAUGGGAGGAUCGAGUAUCUUGGCCUAAAGAUACCUCGAAUUGUUCUCAACGAGCAGAGAAUCGACGGCAUGAGGAUCGAGAAAGUGAUUGAUUCUUGUUCAGGUGUCGCCAAGUCAUUGGUCUUCGCGGCAAACUCGGGAGCCAGCACGGUCUUGGUCGCUGCUGUUGCUAUUGCAGCGCAGGAGCAGGAUUGCUCGUCUGGCUGUCUUAUCAAAGAUCCAGACAUUCUAAAGAUUGUCCUGGAUUGCCAAGAGGCAUGUCUGGCAAGAUUCCCGCCACCGAUGCUUCCCUCUUUCUUCAUUCCCCUGCACAAACUACCGACGAGAACCGAGCUGCUCGAGCUCAUGAACACCGAGAAUUUGGAGCGGGUGGCGCUGCGAGCGACUUCGACAUUAGAACACGACACCUCAAGACCAAUAAACGACACCGAAGAAGUCAUCUGCUCUGAGCUAGCGAAGGUCUUGCAGCUUAAAGCGGAACACAUUGGUGCCAAUGUGCAUUUCGCUAGACUCGGUGCCGACUCACUGACGCUCAUGCGGCUCUCCAAGAACCUGAGAACACGAGGCCUCGAUGUAAGCGUCAAGACGUUGAUGCAGUUCAGUGACGUCUCCCAGCUUGCAACCGCUAUUGAUCGUCAAGAACUGUGGUACUCGAAGCGCACACACGAAGAGAACUCCGGAGAAACCAUGCUCAACAGUUCUGAACCUGAUUCGGCCAGCAGGGCUGGAAGCGUCAAUGGUAGCAUGUGCUGGGUGCCAUCUAGUUCCAGUUCAAUUGGCGCCUUGUCAUCGUCGCUGGAAUCGUCACUGGAGGAGACCGGGUUCGACGUGCCCUCGUCCGAGUUCUACAUACCCGUCUCUCUCCGCACGGAAGAUCGCUGGCUCUUCAUGGUUCAUGACUACUCUGGCUUCGUACAAGCGUACUCAACGCUGGCAGAGAACGAAGAAUUGAUCGGUACCUACAAUAUCUGCAGCAUCAUGGACCCCAACAUUGGCGCACGCACGAGUCAGUACCCUGACAUGAGAAGCUUGGCAUUGGCCUACCUCAUUGGAGCCCUGAGGUUCAUGCUUAAAUAUGGUCGAGGUCUCGAUCUGACCUUGGGAGGUUGGAGCUUUGGUGGUACGGUGGCUUUCGAGAUGGCAUAUCUCUGGCGGACAAGCUCGGAGCAAGUGUUGAGGCUGGCUGGCUUACCUCACGGUUUACCUGUCCGGUUGCGAGCCGUCGUCAUGCUUGACACCUUCUUGUGGCCACCCAGCCUCGAGCCGCUCGCGCACAGCUUCAACUCUGAACCUCGAGACGAGCGGGAAAGACUGCUGGCUAUUCAGCGGGACAAGGCUGAAAAGCACUGCAAGCAUUACUGGCCAGCAAUGGCAGAAGAUUCCUUCAAAAUCUGCCUGGUCAAGGCGGCGCUGCAGGAUGGCUGGGAACAGCGUCCCCGUCAGAUUCAAGAGAUAGAGACGAGUCCUUUCAACGGCUGGGACCAAGCGAUUUCGCAAGAAUUCUUCCUCAAUGACAAGGUCAGUGGUCAGCACGCAACGCUGUUCGACGCCGAUCAUGCAAAGGAGACCAAUGCAGCACUUGCAAAGCUGCUCUCGAAAGCAUCAGAGACAUGUUCAUAA